AUGUAUUCCAAUCAUUUUGUACAGCCUCCACCCCCUUUCCCGUCCCCAUGUGUCCCAUUCAUCCCCCAGCAGGCGGUUUUCUCGACCUCCGGUCUCUCCUUCGUGAACUCACGCCUAAACCAGCGUAAAAUUGACACUGAUUUUUUCGAGAACUUCGCCAACAGCUGCGUUCCUUCCACAGAAAUCUCUAAAAAAAGUGUCAAAAAAUGUUUGGGCAUCUCAGAGACCCGUCAAUUAAUGUCAUUAAUAAAAUCCUUAACAAUUUCCUUAGAGAAUUCUACAAACAUCUUAAAGGCCAACAAAAACUCUCCAGAUUUUGAUUGGAAUCGAGAAUUGGAAGAAUGUAAAAAUCUGAAGAGUCAGAUAGAAAGUUGGAUGAUAAAACUGAGAGAAAAUGGCGACACUUCCGAAUUCAAGAAGAUGGUUGAGCAGAGGAGAAAGAAGAGGAUGAGGAUCAAGAGGAGAAAAAAUGCUUGGAAGUUGCAAAAGAGUUUGAAAGACGAAAGAAGAAACAAUCUUAACAAGGAAAUUGAUAAUUGGAUCAGGAGUAAGCAGGCGACGAUUGAAAAGGAGAAGCAGGAGGAGAGCCUGAAGAAAGACGCUGAUCUCGUUUUGUCUGACGUUAGGGGGAAGAGGAGUGAUGCUAAGAGAUAUCUGAAUGUGCUAAGGGAGUUGGGAAACCUGAGACGAGUGAAGGCUGCGAAUGCCAGGGCUAGAGGGGAGAAUCUGUCGGGUGCAGCUGACGAAUCCUUCGAGAGAAUCAUCUCUGGGUUGACCGAGCAUUGGUCCCAGCUAGAUCGAGAGUACUCUAUUGAGGAGCAAGGGCUCAAGCUAAUGUUGAAAACUGAUAAGGAGAGGGUGAUUGACAGAAGGAAACGCAGUGGAUUCGACGAAUGGGAACUUGCCAUUUUUGGGAGAAGACUGGGGAGUUCGAGAGCUGGGAGUGACUUGGGGAAUUUGGUGAUGAUGAGAUUUGCAUGGGAUAGGUUUAUUCAUGGAAGCGGGGGCAGGAUACCUCUGGGGUGGGUCAUGCCAGAGCCUCCGAGUUCUGGGGCAUGGCAAAAAUGUCUUAAAAAAUAAGAAAGGUGAACUAACGUCACCAACAAAACAGUAAAAUUGUUGAAAUCGAACUCGCCGAUUCUGACUAUUCAUUCAGUAAUCAUUUACAAGUUCCUUAUGUAUUGAGUUUAAUUAUUAAAAAGGCAGAGGACUAUAAAAAAUUGUAACUGUCACAGUAUUUCACUGCAUUUUCACUUCAUUAUUGUCCUAAAUUUAAGCAAAUACUUCGCUUAUUUUGUACUAGGCUUUUGUAAUAAAUUGACCAUUUAAAUAAAAACUUGAAAAUAAAAA